AUGCUGAUCAGCCAUCUAGCUCAGUGUUACACUCGUCAAGACUAUCGAUACACACCUACAAGUGAUCGCUUAGACUCUGACGAGGUUCUUCAGUUGACGAAGUAUUGGAUCAACAACUGCAUCACUAAGCAUCGCAAAUGCUCUACGUCAUCUCUGGUCAGAGGAUUUGGAUAUCACCACAGGACGCAGUCACGAGAGUCGACGAGUAGUUUAAUGGUUGGACCUGAGUUUUAUCCUACGCGGCUAAUUGAGCUGAACCCAAAAGGGUCGAUUAAGCCCUUGGAAAAGGCACCGACGAACCCGAAUAUCCGCAAGCCUGCAUUCAGAGGCAUGAGUUCAGUCGAGUGGACGGAACUUGUGGAAGAAAAUCAAGUUCGACUCGUAGAAACGGCCACGAAAAAGAUGCAAGGUAACUAUGUUACUUUAAGCCAUUGUUGGGGAAAAGCGGCCAAGUUUUUCUCUCUGAACACGUCGAAUAUUGAUCUUUUCAAAUCUGGAUUGGACAUCAGAGAGCUCCCAAGAACAUUUCGACAGGCUAUCAGCUUUGCGCGCCGUCUUGGUGAUGACGUCAAUUAUAUUUGGAUUGACUCUCUCUGCAUCAAGCAGGACGAUGCUGCAGAUUGGGAACGCGAAUCCGUCCAAAUGUAUAAGGUUUAUCGUAAUUCAUACUGCAAUAUCUCGGCGACGGCGGCUGCGGAUGGUAGCCAAGGACUGUACUCAUAUCGCGAACCUCGUAACCUAUGGGAAUCAGAGGUCAAUGUCAACACUGAGACAAACAGGCUGGGUUUGAAUAAGAAAGGCGAUAAACAUGCACAUGGCCAUUUCGGCUCGCUCGUGAGAAGGUGCAGGGUUGUAGACCCUGGGUUUUGGGAUCUGAAAGUGGAUAACGCUCCCGUCAAUACUCGUGCCUGGGUUCUACAAGAACGGCUCCUAGCUCCUCGGGUAGUACACUUUUGCGAGGAUCAAGUUGCAUGGGAAUGUGCCGAGCUCGACGCGUCAGAGGCAUCGGCCGAUGGGAUCUCCCGAUUGGGUCACAAGAAUGGCUUGGUCCAGGACCGAGUUCGACUGAAGGCUUUCACUGCCUUGACCUCGCAAAUGGAGACUGAGGCACAUGCCAACUGGAAAAGCAUCGUUGAAAGAUAUUCCAAAACUAGCCUGACAAAGCCAUCGGACAAAUUAAUUGCUCUCGCUGGGAUUGCAGAGCUCUUUCAUGAACAGAUCGCAGAGCAGAGGCAAACACAGGUCAAAUAUGUCGCGGGCAUCUGGGAGACCUUCUUGGCAAGCCAGCUUUUAUGGCGUGUUGAGACGGUAUACAAGAACGAAAAAUUUCAGUACCCAUCCCGAAGACCACAACGUGAUAUCCCGAGCUUCUCCUGGGCUGCAAUCGAUGCGCCGCAAGGAAUCAAAUGCGGCGAUAUCGUGCCAUCUAAGGACUUGCUGAUCUCCAUCGGUCGUAUCAGUAUCAAGCCAAAGCAAAAGAGCGAGUUUGGCCAAGUCGAACCAAACGCAUCGCUCAAGCUCAGAUGCCAAAUAGUUAAAGUGCAGCUUGAUGUUUCUACUCGUUUAUAUGGAGAUGAGACAUACACUUGGAGCCUAGCGGAGGGAGGCCCGAGGCUGGCAACUCGUACUAAAAAGAUGCAUCCAAUAGUAUAUUUGGACAGCCCUCAAGACGAUAUUGAAAGCAUUCGUUUGCAGCAAGGGAUCAUAUACUUGGUACCAGCUUACAAAGAUCCCGCGGGUUAUCUUAGAUGUUUGCUGUUACAACAAGCUAAAGAGAAGGACCACUAUCGCCGAGUGGGCUUGUCAAUCAUCCCACCCUACGUGAGCAAGUACAGCUCCAGUUUCUUGAAUAGCAAGGGAGAAAUUGAAAUUUGGGGUGAUAUUUACGAAAAACAGGAGAUCGUACUUCUCUAGUCAGAAGAAU